CUAAACCCAUAAGAAAAUCUAGGGUUUUGGUUGUGACAUUUAUACAAACCCUUUCUUCUUUACUUUGCUCUCCAUUUUGCCUUUGCCGUCGCACUGCCUAGGUCUUCCUGUUUCUCUCUCCUCUCUCAGCCUCACUCAGGUAAACAGCAAAGGUUGCAGCAAAAAUGGCGUACCCCAUGAAACCCACGAAGCCUGGUUUGGAGGAAGCCCCUGAGCCUACUCACAAGAUCAGAAUCACUCUUUCUUCUAAGAAUGUCAAGAAUCUCGAGAAAGUGUGUGCUGAUCUUGUACGUGGUGCCAAGGACAAGCGUCUUAGAGUCAAGGGACCAGUAAGGAUGCCCACCAAGGUUCUGAAGAUUACAACAAGGAAAACCCCAUGUGGUGAAGGAACCAACACCUGGGACAGAUUUGAGUUGCGUGUCCACAAGAGAGUCAUUGACCUCUUCAGCUCCCCAGAUGUGGUCAAGCAGAUUACAUCCAUCACCAUUGAACCUGGUGUUGAGGUUGAGGUUACAAUUGCAGACUCUUAGAUGUUCUGCUAUGCUUUAGGGCUUUCAUAGUUGUUGCCAUAUAUAGUGGUGCCAUCUUACUCAGAAUUUUGGAGAUAACUGAAUUGUUUGUUUGAAGAGAUAUUUUCAUUUAGUUAUUAAUGUUAUCAAUCUUAUCAUGUUUUUGAAAGCAUUGAACAUGCGUUAUUUCGUAAUGCUUUAUCUAUAGAACUAUCCAAUUUGAGUAUGGCUGUUCAAUGCCAAAAUUUUGUUGGUUACUCCGAAGUAGCACUUGUUUGUGUUCUUCUGAGGAGCGGUGACACCGAAUGAGUUGUAUUUUCAUUUACUUUUUGUGAGACUAAGAUGAUCAUUUGAUACUCUA